AUGGCUACACCCAGUCUCGCUCGAACGAUCAAAAACUUCUUGACUCUCGGUCCCAGGGAAUACAUCAGGCAGUUGUGGUACAUCGGCGACCCUAAACCUGGAACUCUUAGAGGCAUAGACGAACAUGGUAACAAAUAUUUUGAAGACCCUAGCGAAUCGAUGUUUAGAAAUCGAUGGGUAGAUUACAAAGUUCAUGAUUAUAAUGCGAGUCAGGUCCCUCCAGAAUGGCACUCUUGGCUCCAGCAUAUCCGUAAAGAUCCUCCUCAUUUGGAUCCAAUCAUCAUCCAAUCUCGACAAUCUUGGCAAACGCCGCACGUCGAGAAUAUCACAGGAACCAGGGGUGCCUUCAAAACUUAUCCUACCACUCUUCCUAAGGUUCAAAGUUGGGAACCUCGAGUGUCGGAAAGAGUAUCGAGUUAA